AUGAUUGAUGAAAGUACUGAUCGAAGCUUAGAGCAACAUCUUGUUGUUUAUGCAAUAUAUUUGACAUUAGAGGGUCAUGGGGCACCUAUAUCUAUGUUUAUGAAAAUGAUGUCUGUGUCAGAUGGAAAAGGGAAAACCAUAUAUGAUACUAUCAAUCAAUUGAUGAAUGAUAGAGGUCUUUCACUAACAAAACUAAUAGCUGUCUCAACAGAUGGUGCUUCUGCAAUGGUUGGGCGUGAAAAUGGGUUUGUUUCUCUUAUGAAACAAAAUAUUCCAAAUCUUAUUUCAAUCCAUUUCAUAGCUCAUCGUGAGUCACUAGCAGCAACAGAUGCUUCUAAAAAGAUACCUGAAUUAUUAUUUCUUGAAAAAAUAGCAAAUAAAGUGCAUUCAUGGAUCCAAAAUUCACCAAAGAGAAAUAAUGAGUUGAAUGAAUUACUUAGAGUUAUGGAAAUUGAUGUUUUGAAUGUUUUGCAGAUCCACACAACCAAAUGGUUAUCCAGAGGAGAAGUCAUAAUAAGGCUUGUGAAGCUUAUGCCAGCCAUUUUAACUUUGUGGAAAAAAGAUAAGAAGUGUUCAACAUUAUAUGAAAAGACAAGGAUUUAUUCUAUUCAAUUUUGUUUGCAUAUGCUUGCUGAUGUUUUGGGUGAACUAAAUAAAUUGAAUAAGAUUUUUCAAGAAGAAAAUGUAGACAUUACUGUUAUUGGUUUGGCUCUUGAUGAAGCAAUAGGAAAUUUAUAUAGAUGGUUUUUGAGGAAAGGUACAUUUGCAGAAGGUACAACUUAUCUUUCAAAAUUCUUGAUUGAUUCUCAAUUUGGGUGUAUUGAAGUCAAAGAAGAUGGUGUCACUGAUAAACAUGAAUUUCUAUACAUCCCUUUUCCAAUUGAGGGAUUUCAGUCUGGUGAUUUAGGGAAGCAAUCCAUGCAACCUCGUAUUGAAGGAACAAAACAAAGUUGUCAAUGCUUGACAGAAGGCUAUAUCCAAUCUCUCAUUGAUUCUUUAAAUGAAAGAUUUCCAGAUCUUCCUCUAUUUAAUGCAGCAAAACUUUUCAGCCCUUCCUAUUAUCCAUUAUAUCAUCAAACUCGAGAUAAUGUCUCAAAGCGUUGGCUUGAUAAGCUUCUCCAACAUUUACAACACACUACAAAUAAUGUAUCCAUAUUUGAUGUGAAUGGUUGCAAAAGAGAGUUACACUCUUUUGUUGACUCAUUGCAUUCAAGUUGUGAGGGUUUUAAGAUGAAAGAUGCAUGGAGAGUCUUUCGUAACACAAAAUAUUGGCAUAGAAGCUAUCCUCAUAUGAUGAAGUUAUGGCAAGCUGUUCUUACUAUUCCUGCAAGUACUGUUGAUUGUGAAAGAGGGUUUUCAAAACAAAACAUCAUCAAAGAUGUUAGAAAGUCAAAGCUAGCUUUGGAUACAUUGGAUGCAUUAAUGAGGGUGGUCUUAACAGAGUUUAAGUUUGACAAAAGCACGCUCAAUGUGUUCUGGACUGAAGGUGAGGUAAACGGAAGUGGGUAUAAGCACAUAGGUAAGGCAAAUAGCAUUACCUUCUGGAAUGCAGAGCCUGGUGAGGUAAACGGAAGUGGGUAUAAGCACAUAGGUAAGGCAAAUAGCAUUACCUUCUGGAAUGCAGAGCCUGGUUUGCAGGGCAUUCAAGUUAUGCUGCGGGAGUUUAGCACUGAGAGCAGUGAGGUAAACGGAAGUGGGUAUAAGCACAUAGGUAAGGCAAAUAGCAUUACCUUCUGGAAUGCAGAGCCUGGUUUGCAGGGCAUUCAAGUUAUGCUGCGGGAGUUUAGCACUGAGAGCAGUGAGGUAAACGGAAGUGGGUAUAAGCACAUAGGUAAGGCAAAUAGCAUUACCUUCUGGAAUGCAGAGCCUGGUUUGCAGGGCAUUCAAGUUAUGCUGCGGGAGUUUAGCACUGAGAGCAGUGAGCUCUGA